CUCUAUCACACCAAUUUAUACCCAAUCCUCCAAUUCAUUACCAUUAGUCUAAAAAUGCAUCAAAGCUCCAACUAUACCAACUUGGCUCUUCUAGUUCCUGCAUUACUCAUACUUUUGAUGCUUCUGCCAGCUGCGUCGUUGAUUCAUUGUCUCAAUAAGAAGAAAAAAGAUAAAGGGAAGGACAAACCAAUAAAGGGCAAAGCUGCAAAAGUUGAAGAAAAGAAGGUUCAUGUCUUCAUACCAAAAUUAGAAAUAAUACCAAAGAAGUUACCUGUCCCAGAACAGAAAGAUGUAAAGAAGGACGAAAAGAAGCCUGUAGAUAGCAAAGGACAUUCGCCAAAAGAAGAUAAGCCUCUUCAAGCACAAAUUGUGCAGCAAGUAAUGAAGCCAACAGAAUCAGCAGCAAAGGGCAAAGAUGCAGCAAAACUUUCAUAUAGUGAAGAUGCUCUUAAAUUCCCAGUGGGGGCCAGUAUUGGGCAAUUUGUGGUGGCGGCGACUUUAGGCGCUGGCGGCUGUGGAGUUGUGUACAAAGUCCUGGCUACGAAUGGAGACCAAUAUGCAAUGAAACUUGAAAGUAUGGAGCAAAGGAGGCAAGAUCAGCUCUUACCACUAGAAGCACAUAUUCUCAAACGACUACAGUUUUCUGCCUAUGCUGCAAAAUUCAUUGCUUAUGGAAAGUGUCGUGCGAAAGAAAGGCCUUUUCGCGUGUUAGUUAUGGCUCUUCUAGGCAAGUCUAUUGGCGAUUUGCAAGACCAAAGGCCCAAAUACAAGUUCACGACCGGGACAGUUCUACGUAUUGGAGUACAGGCUUUAAGAGGGAUUGCUUUUCUUCACAGUAUUUAUUAUGUUCAUCGAGACGUUAAGCCUGCCAACUUUGCUGUUGAUCGGGAAAAUCUAAGCAGGGUGUAUCUGAUUGACUUUGGAUUGUCUCGAUCAUUGAGGAAGAGAGGAACGAAAUUCCUAAGGAAACCAAGAAUAAAUGUGCCUUUCCGUGGAACGCCUGGCUAUUGUAGUUUGAAUGCUCAUAAACGCAUUGAACUUGGCCGACAUGACGAUCUUUGGUCUCUCAUCUAUAUGCUGGUGGAUUUGAACAAUGGUUCUCUGCCUUGGUUUGGUCAAGAUACACGUGACAAAGCUGCUGAGUUGAAAGAACAUUUAAUUGAAAAUGAAUAUAUGCAUAGUUGUCCAGUCGCAUUCAGAUCAAUUAUGGACUAUCUCCGUACUUUAUGCUACAACAAACGACCUGACUAUUGUGGCAUUGAAUCGGCAUUUAUUCAAAUGAUGGACGCCCGGGAAGUUAACAUCGAUGAGCCAAUGGAUUGGGAACCUGUUUACAUUAAAAGACCUGGAGAGAAAAGCAAACCAAAAGCUAAGCGAACUGGGCAAAAGGAGGAUAUAGAGAAUACUCAAGAAUCAGUCGAAUCACAAAAUAAUGCAAAGACUGAGUCAUUAUAUGGGGUUUUGCCGGCGGAUAUUGCGUGA